UCGCUCCCUCUUUCUCUGGCAGCAAACUUUGUUGGCAGGAAGGACUAGAACAAAAACAGCAACACCAGACAUAGGGCAGAAAAAAAGCAAAAUCAUCCACUGAGCGGAGAGAGUUCGCUCUCUCGUAAUUACGUCGCGUCCAGCAUCCAUUCGCCCUCUUUUUUUCAGUCCCUGAAGUCCUGGGUAAGUGGUAAUUAGCUGGUGGGGGAUAAAACCAGCUGCACGGGGGAGGGCCGCCGCAUUUUGGAGCGAGAUGGCUAGCAGGAAGGUUGUUCUUCUGCUUCACGGAUUCCUCUUCCUGGCUUUGUAUCGACCUUCACUCCAAGGAGGAGUGUACGUCCCCCCCGGAGGUGGAGUCGGUCCGGGUGGUGUCGCUGGUGGUGGAGCUGGUGUCGGGCCAUUCCCAGGUGCUGGAGUGAUUCCCGGAUACAAACAGGCAAAGGCUGGGGGUGGCAUCGGUGGCCGAGGCCUGGGUGGUUUUGGAGGUGCUGGGAUCGGGCCAGGUGCCGGUGCAAAGCCUCCUAAACCAGGUUAUGGAAGUUUAGGAGCUGCUGGCCUCGGACCUGGGGGCCUGGGCGCUGGAUAUAAGCCAGGAGGUGGCUACGGUGGAUAUGGGGGAGGAUACUACCCCGGAGCUGGGGUGGCAGGACUGAAACCUGGCAAAACAGGUCCGGGUGGAAAGGCCGCUAAGCCUCCAAAAGGGCCCGGAGCAGGUGGAACCGCAAUUGGAGGGCCAGGAUUACCAGGAUUACCAGGGGGACCUGGAGGCCCCGCCCUUCCUGCUGGUGGACCUGUCAUACCUCAAACUGGCCUUCCAGGAGUUGGUCCAGGAGGGAAAGCUGCAAAGGCACCAGGAAAAGUUCCAGGUGUGGGAGUACCUGGGCUUUACCAAGGUGGUAUUGUACCUGGACAAGGAUUUGGUGGGCGGGGGGUCCUUCCUGGUGUGGCUACAGGGGAUGGACUGAAACCCAAAUCACUUCCUGGGACAGGGCUGCAGGGACCAGCGGGGUACGGACUUAACGGAGGUCGUGGAUAUGGAGGCCCACGGCAGCCGGGAGUUUUCUAUGGAUACCCCAUCAAAUCACCCAAAGCCCAAGGUGGUUUAGGAGCACAGUUUGGCGGGGGCAAGUACCCCUAUGGUUAUGGGGGCUUUGGUGGUGCGGCAGGAGCCAAGCCUGGGUAUCCCACUGGAACUGGUAUGGGAGCUCAAGGGUUGGCUGCAGCUCAGGCCAAAGCUGCUAAAUAUGGUGCUGCCGCUGGCAUAGCCGGGGCAGGAGGGCUGGCCGGGGCAGGAGGGCUGGCCGGGGCAGGAGGCCUGGCCGGGGCAGGAGGGCUGGCCAGGGCAGGAUUUGUCCCCGGAGGGCAGGUGGCUGGCGUCAAGCCUCCAAAAUAUGGCGUGCCAGGGGGGAUCGGUGGGCUGCCGAGCACAGGAGUUGCGGGCCUGGGGGUUGUCCCUGGGGUAUUACCGGGAACUGGAAUCGGCACUGCAGGGUUUGGAGCUGGAGUUAAGCCUCCUAAAUAUGGAGUACCAGGAGGAGUACCAGGAGGAGUACCAGGGGGAGUCCCGGGGGGAUUCCCAGGUGGAAUCCCAGGAGGAGUACCAGGGGGAUUGCCAGGUAGAAUCCCAGGAGGAGUACCAGGGGGACUGCCAGGGGGAGUCCCAGGAGGAGUACCAGGAGUAGUUCCAGGGUAUCCGGCUGGAGCAAAAGCAUUGAAAUAUGGUGUUCCCGGGGGGGUUGGUCGUGUGCCAGGCCUAGGAGGUGUUCCAGGGGUCGGAGCAGCAGGCGUCCCUGGAGCCUACGGCACUGGAGCGAAGCCCCCGAAAUAUGGUGUAGCUGGGGGUCCUGGAGGGCUCCCAGCUGGUGGGAUACCUAUAACUGGACUUGGGGGAUUAGCACGUGGGGUUAAACCUCCAAAAUAUGGAGUACCAGGAGCAGUGCCAGGAGGAGUACCAGGGGCAGUGCCAGGGGCAGUGCCAGGAGCUGGAUUAGGACUCGGAGGACUUGGUGCUAAACCUCCAAAAUACGGUGUACCAGGAGGGGUGCCAGGAGCAAUACCAGGAGUUGUACCAGGAACAAUACCAGGAGCAGUACCAGGAGCAAUACCAGGAGCAGUACCAGGAGUGUAUCCAGCAGGUGUUAAACCUCCAAAAUACGGUGUACCAGGAGGGGUGCCAGGAGCAAUACCAGGAGCAGUACCAGGAGCAAUACCAGGAGUAGUACCAGGAACAAUACCAGGAGCAGUACCAGGAGCAAUACCAGGAGCAAUACCAGGAGCAGUACCAGGAGUGUAUCCAGCAGGUGUUAAACCUCCAAAAUACGGUGUACCAGGAGGGGUGCCAGGAGCAAUACCAGGAGCAGUACCAGGAGCAAUACCAGGAGUAGUACCAGGAACAAUACCAGGAGCAGUACCAGGAGCAAUACCAGGAGCAGUACCAGGAGCAGUACCAGGAGUGUAUCCAGCAGGUGUUAAACCUCCAAAAUACGGUGUACCAGGAGGGGUGCCAGGAGCAGUACCAGGAGCAAUACCAGGAGUAGUACCAGGAACAAUACCAGGAGUAGUACCAGGAACAAUACCAGGAGCAGUACCAGGAGCAAUACCAGGAGCAGUACCAGGAGUGUAUCCAGCAGGUGUUAAACCUCCAAAAUACGGUGUACCAGGAGGGGUGCCAGGAGCAAUACCAGGAGCAGUACCAGGAGCAAUACCAGGAGUAGUACCAGGAACAAUACCAGGAGCAGUACCAGGAGCAAUACCAGGAGCAGUACCAGGAGCAAUACCAGGAGCAGUACCAGGAGUGUAUCCAGCAGGUGUUAAACCUCCAAAACCCGGUGUACCAGGAGCGGUGCCAGGAGCAAUACCAGGAGCAGUACCAGGAUUAGUACCAGGAGUAGUACCAGGAGCAAUACCAGGAGUAGUACCAGGAGCAAUACCAGGAGCAAUACCAGGAGUAGUACCAGGAGCAAUACCAGGAGCAGUACCAGGAGUGUAUCCAGCAGGUGUUAAACCUCCAAAACCCGUCCCAGGAGUCAUACCAGGAGCCGUACCAGGAGCCAUACCAGGAGCAAUACCAGGUCUGGUUCCAGGAGCAGUACCAGGAGGUGCUGGAGUGUAUCCAGCUGGUCUUAAACCGCCAAAAUAUGGUGUACCAGCUGGGGUUGGAGGAGCUGGAGUCCCAGGAGCCAUACCAGGAGUGAUACCAGGAGUGGUACCAGGAGCAAUACCAGGAGUGAUACCAGGAGUGGUACCAGGAACAAUACCAGGAGCAGUACCGGGAGCAAUACCAGGAUUAAUACCAGGAUUAAUACCAGGAGUGUACCCAGCUGGUGUUAAACCGCCAAAACCCGGUGUACCAGCUGGGGUUGGAGGAGCUGGAGUCCCAGGAGCAAUACCAGGAGUGAUACCAGGAGUGGUACCAGGAACAAUACCAGGAGCAGUACCAGGAGCCAUACCAGGAGCAGUACCAGGAGCGGUACCAGGAGGUGCUGGAGUGUAUCCAGCAGGUGUUAAACCACCGAAAUAUGGAGUACCUGGGGCAGCAGGGGUGGCUGUUUCUGGUGCAACACCGGGGGCGAUUGGGGGUCCGUCUGUGGGGGUAGCCGGGAUUGUCCCGGGGGGCACCGGCCUUCCUCUUGUGCCCGCUGUAAAACCAGCCAAGGAUCUGAUUUCAGCACCAGGUGGCACGCAGGUCCCAGGAGCGGUGGCUAGUGUCACAACUGGCAAGGCCCUUGUACCCAGUGGUGCCGGAGGAGUUGCAGCUGGAACAGGUGUCGUUGGUGCAGCACAUCAACAACCAGGUGCAGGUGUUCCUGCUGGUAAACCUCCAAAACCAGGUCUUGGUACAUAUCCCUAUGGUUAUGGAAUUCCUUACACUGGAGUUGCAGGAGCUGCAGGCGCGCUCCCUGGUGCCAGACCUCUGACAGCACCAGGUGUAGGAUAUCCGUCAGGUCUGGCGAUUGGAGCUGGUAAACCACCAAAACCAGGCUACGGUUCUCUGUCCACUGGAUACCAGCCAGGUGCCCUUGGUGCCGGUGGUUUCCAGCAGCCUCUCCCAGGAUACGGAGUUGGUGGGCCUGCACUCGCAGCACAACAAGCCAAAGCAGCCAAGUAUGGAAGCCUCCAGGGAUUUCUGGGCGGAGGUCUGGGAGGCACUGGUGGAUGCCAGGGCAAAUACUGUGGGAAAAAAAAGAAGUAAAGAACCUCUGAAGACAUGAAGUGACCUCAAGAAUCCAUGGUGCUACUGCCUGAUGUAGAAUGUACAUGUUUAUAUAUUACCAAAUAAGUCCCUCUUCAAGUACAAAUCUGUAACUCUGUUUUGUACACAUUGGACUAUAGGUUUCUGUCUCUUAACAAGUCCAGUAAAAAAAAAAAAAGCCAGAAGAAACCUAGAUGUUCAGACAAAAAAAUGUGACAGAAUGUUUGAGAAGUUAAACAAACAGCGUGCCUUACACACAAUGUUUAUUUUCAUAGCAGCCUGCCGCCAUUCGUACCUGUAAUCGCUGCAUUUUCAAGACAUGCUUCGUUCCGUUUUAAGUCAUUUGUCCAUUGUUUUUUUGUUUUGUUUAUUGGCUACGUUCAUUGGUGCUCUCAGUACUUCUAGUACUAUCCAUUGUGUUCAGCAGAAUCGGCGCCUUGUUAUUAAUAACAUAAUCAGAUUUUACUGCUGAGAUCAGGUGAUUUUGUUUUUUUACACAAUAUGCAGCUUUCUGUUGUGUUUUAGAAAACAAACAUUUGCAGUGUAUCCUGUGGGAAUAAAAAUAGUGUCUCUCUUUAAUUGUAAUAAUGCACUUAAAAUUGAAAAGUAGACUGACAUCCGGUGCAUCAAAAGGCCGAGCUGGUGAGAGCUGCCAGGGGACCCGGGGAGACUCUGCCUUAUGAAACACAGCUGUAGGGUUUUUUCCUCUUGAGAGGGUGUUAGGGUUAGUGACGCAUUUGGUGAUGCACCUGACUGACCCCCCCCCCCACCCCAAAGAAAAAGAGAUGACAAGUCUCCAGCUCAGAGGCACAUGGCCAGCAGUCCUCAGGCUUGAAGGGCUACCGUGCAGAGAGACGCCUGCUGGCCAUGCUGUGGUCCUCAGUUAAAUAAGCUUCAGUAACACAUUCAGCCCAAGUUUUUACAAAAUAAAAUGUCUUAUGUAAUAGUGGGAUUUAAAAAGCAGAAUUUAAGGGAAAAUAGCAUGAGUUGGAAUGUACAUGAUGUAUGUAUGAAGAAUUUAGAGUUAUUUCCUGCCCUCAUAAAUGGGGAUUAGGUGCUUUUAAUAGUCAUCCGUGAUUUAUUUUAUUUUUUUGUUGUUCACGUACAAUUACUAAUGAAAACUGAUGAAUAGUAAAUCAGUAAUUACUUGUUUUGCACCGUUCCUAACUUGACUUUUACAACUUUAUAAACAAAUUAUGUUAUACAUUUUUUUCUGCAUUGCCUGUGCUUUUUAGUCACUGUGAAAAAAAAAUGUAAAGUAUACCUUUGUUCGUUGUUGGUGUAAUUUCUCCAUCGCUGUUCCGUCCAUGUUUGUAGUCCGAGGAUGACCGUAAAACGAGGCGCGUGGCUAUAAUAUCCCCGCUCUGUGCCGUUUCCAUAACUUGGAGGUCACCCUUCACGAAGAUGGCGAGUAGUAAAGAGCAUCUGCUUCGGAUAUUUUAUUCAGUGCUGCAUUUGGACUGUCUUUGAGCCCUGCCAGACCUCUUAUUAUCUACCAGGGGGUUUAUUCUUAUUUAAAGGGGGUAACCUGGGGGGGACGGGUGGAGGGUAUUGCACUUUUGCCACGACGCAUAUUUGAAUACGUCCUGGACAUCCCGAUCUUAUAAUUGCUUCAGUAAAUAAAACAAUAAACUUUUAAUACUUAAA